CGCAGUGAUUUUUUUAAGAAAGGUGUGCGUGUGCUGAUCUAUACAAGCGAAUACAACAUCCAAUCGCAAAAAUGAAGAAACUUAUUCUGGAAUUGAUUUUUACAAUACUUUGUCUUCCUCUGGCGUCGGCGGCUUAUUGCUACUACUAUUAUUACAGUGGUUACUACUGCUACUACUAUUCCAGCUACGACAGUGUGGGUACAUACGUUGGUGCGGUCGUUGGGGGAAUAGUGUUCCUUAUCGUAGUAGCUGUAGUCGUCGUGUGUAUCUGUGCCGCUAAAAACAGCCAGAGGAACCGCGUGGUCACGAUGCAUGGGGGCGGAGCCACAGUGACUAAUGUCAAUAAUGUCAACACAAUUCAGCAUCCUCCCCCACCAGCAGGUUAUGGCUAUGGAGCACCCCCUCCCCCUGGAUAUGGUCCUGGAUUCGGGCAAGGAUACAGCCAACCCUCUCAGUCCAUGUUUAACGAUCCCGCCUAUCCCCCUAACCAGUACCCUCCCCCAAAAUAUUAAAUUACUUAUCGGCACAUACAACAUUUAAAUUCAUGUUAUGUGUCGCAAGAUGAAAACUUGUGGUGGAUAUUAUGAAAGUAUUGAAAUGAACAAUUUCUGUAAACAGCCCUAGAAAAACCUUGUAGCAACAUCUAUCAUCGGUCAUCUUGCGUAGAUUUCUUUUAUUUCCAUUAUACCAAAUUAAAGUAGUUAGGUAAAAGAGCACAGUGAAUGGAACUUCCCGUGAUCUGAAUUUUUAUUUACGAAUUGUACAAUUUUAACUACUAGUAGAUGUUUAAACCAAUUGAAGAGGGUUAUUCGUCCGAGUUAAAAAUCAUAAACAUAUCGUCGUCAAUAUAACAAAGGCCUUUCAAACUCAAACAUUAUUGCAGUAAACUUUACUAUCGAGGAAGCCUUUGCAUUUUCUUUCAACUAAAGAAGACUAAAGUUUUACAAACGAGAGAGAGAGAGAGAGAGAGAGACACACACACACACACACACACACACACACACACACACACACACACACACACACACACACACACAGAAACAGAGAGAAAGAGACAGACGGACAGACAAACAGAUAGCUAUUAAAGAAGGACAAUUAGAGUAUCAAUACAAAAACAUAUCUACGUCAGUAAGAUAUUACACAAAUUUUGCAUACACUCCGAAUCUCCAAUUGGUUAUUUACUUCCCAACAUUAUAUUCCAAAGAAAUAUAGGUAACAUUUUAUUUAUAUGAAAAUAUAUUUUGGGGAGCCAAGAUUUUUCAUCUAAUGCUUUUAAAAACAUGUUUGUGCUGAAAACUUAAUUCAUUGACACAUCCUGUUACCUGGUAGUUGUUUUUUUACUUUAUUAACACCAUUUUGAAUAUGCCUGAACAGGUCCUUUUUGUGUUGUUUUGUUAAUUGUUUAUGUGUACUUUGUUUGGUUUUUUAUCACUUUUGUUCAAGAUAGCUGGAUGGUCAACAAUUUUGCCGUAGGAUUCGUCAUAGAGUCUGAAAUAUGGCAUUUAAAAAACCGUCGUUUUGUAAAGAAAUAUAUCAGAUAUGUUGACUGUAAAGUUUCAAUGUUAUCCUAUAUCUUUAAAUAUUUCUCUUCCUUCAAAGGAUGUUGAUAUAGUCUUAGAUAGUCUCGACCAUCCAGUUCUCUUCAAACAUGACAUUAGAAUCACAUAAACUGCAAUUUUUAAGAAAUAACUCUGAUUAUAUAUUCUUUUUUGUGAUCUUAUACAACGUUUUACACCAUGUAUUUUGUGUUUAUUAUUUUUAAAACUUCGGCUGGAAUAAAUAGACAAAUUCAAAGUCCUAUCAGAAUUGCCAAGAAAAGGUUAAACAUUAAAAUAACUUAUAACACGCAAACGCGAUGAUAGUUUGUGUUAAUGAAAAAUUCGCAAGGAUCUCCACGCUAACAGUUUUAUAAAAUACUAGUAGGACAUAGAAUUUUUAUUUACCCCUGACUGCUUACUUUGUGUUUGAGGUAGCAGGUCAUAGCUAUAGUCAUCACUUUGGUUUUAUGUUUCAGUCUCUAAUGAGAUUCGUUGAAUAUUUAGUCCCGGUUUUCGUAUAUUCGAAUGAUAUGAUAAUUAUAUAAAUCAAUCCUAAUUGUUAUACAUGUGUAUUUUUGAAAUUCUUUUAAUAAACUCUUUAUACAUCUACCUCGGUAGAACUUCAUAUUCUUCAAACAUCAUUUUGUAUUCAAGGACACAACACUGUGCAAGUCAAUUAUGCCAGUGCCACGGUUGCAAGUUUUGCAAUCGCUUAAGAUGCAGUUUCGUACAUAGUCAUACAUUUCAAAUGAAUAACUAUUGGUCAUGCAGAGAAUAUAUAUAAGUUCUGUUUUUUAAUUGUGUCUCAGCUGACAGCAAUGUUUUAACUUAAGUAGCUGCUGACCAUUUCUUAAUGAAAUGAUGCAGUUUUUGUCAGUUUUAGAGCACAUAAUACGAAGUAACUUCAAAUAUAUGUAAAUAACAUGUAAAUAACAUGUAACCUCACUGAUGCCAUUCGUGGAAAAACACGAUCGUGCAUACACACAGACAGCAAAAUAUUAAAUCUUUACCAGAUUAGGUGCAUUUAGUUUCACUUCACAUAUCCAUAAUGGCAUUAUAUUAGUUUUGAGUCAAAUUUGUAAU